AUGGUACAGGAAAUCUGCUCUGGAAAGGAUAAGAACACUGAAAAUUUCUAUAAAGAUCGUACAUCUGGAAGGACAAUUCUUGAAGUGUGGUCACAUACUGACAAAAUAUCAAAUGAUGCCUAUGCUAUGAAUAAAUUUGAAGGAAUUUAUAAGAGUUUGCUUCAGUUCUAUGACAAGAAAUUCUUGCUGCCUAGAGAAAUUAUAUUCGAACUGCACUGCAGAGACUACAUCAAUAGACAUGCUAUUAGUGACAAGGGUUACAUGAAGGAGAUUGGCAAAGGACUGUACUUGGAUUUAUGUGCAUAUGAUCACUCCUGUAGACCCAAUGCCAUCUAUACUUGCGAUGGAUUUGUGGCAACCCUAAGAGGCCUUAAUUCAAAUAUAGAUAUCAGAGACAGAACUAGCACAUUUUACACCUACAUUGGAUUGCUAGAUUCCUUGCAACAGAGGAAGAAGCAGCUCAAGGAUACUUGGUAUUUCGACUGUCUUUGUGAAAGGUGUACCGAUCCAACAGAUAAUUUACUAACUAGUGUCCGCUGUCCGAACUGUCCGUCUGAUUGCCAACAAGCAGUGAAUAUAUUUGUUGAGCAUCCCUAUAAGAUUAACAAAUCAAAACCGUUUACGUGCCAAAAAUGUCGUUUUGACCUUCCAGAGAAGUAUGUAAUGGAAGCCGUGAGUGCUAUGCAGUUUAUUGAUAAGAUUAUUGAGGACAGGGAAUUGGAACAGAUGCCUAAGAAGAGUCGUGUAGAGUUUUUGGAAGAUCUCUUGGAGCGGUUCAGUAAGAUACUGUCUGACACUAACAUCUACCUAUGCAAAGUGAUUCAGAAUCUCGUUCCUCUCGUUCCACCUGACAAUAGUGAAGGACUGCUCUGUCUGCACCUAAGGGCCGAGGGUUGUGUGCGACUUUGCUUCCCACAUAAUCAUCCGGCACUUGCAUUUCAUCUGAGGAAUAUUGGCAUUUUCCUAAACAUUCUUAGCCGUCAUCAGGAAGCUGUGAAGUAUUUACACGAAGCGCACGAAAUUCUGGAAUUCUCUCUGGAUGCCGACCAUUUGAUGACGAUGGAAUGUCGAUCAGUGUUAGAACAAGCGCUUGAAAGCACUGGUAACACUACACAGGAUGCCGUUCAAGUUCCAGUCUUAAACAGCAGAAGUUUGGUAUUUCCCGCUGGAAACGAUCAAGCUGAAACCGUGGAGAAGUUACAAGGAACUAUAGGUACUCCUAAGGAAGAAGAAAAGUCUAUUCCAACGGAGCUAGUAGUCGAUGUAGAGUCGUCAGAAGAAUAUUCUUCCAUCAGAAGACAGAGCAGCAGGUUUACCGAUCUGUUCUCCGAAGAUCUUUCUGAUUUGCCGGAACUACUUCUAUGA